AUUUUGCAUUCUUUACUUUCCUACUUCACCUCGACAGACAGACGGACAGGCACACACAUACACACAGAAAUAAUCCACGUGAUGUUUAUAUUUUUGCCUUUUAUGGCGUGUUUGAAGAGGGGUAAAAAACGUGUCUGAACUUGCCCGAACAGUAUUUAUAAUAACUAGUCGUAAAUACCAGCUGAUGACGUAGUAACCUUUUUCGCGCGUUUGCAUAAAUUCUUGCGACAUGAAAAAUCUUUGAACCCCAGAAAGAACUUAACUAGGCAUGACAGAAGGAAAAUUCUAAAGUUCAGUACUGUGUUCACUUUCACCGCAUGCGUCGUUUUCUUCGAUGAAUCCCGAAGAGAGCAAAGCAAAGAAGUGCCUCUUUGGGCGACCAGAUCACAAAGAACUGGAUGAAUAUUUGAAGAAGGAAUUAAAGAAAGAUGUACAAGAGAAGAACGAAAAAUGGAAUUUCGAUUUCGAGAAAGGGGUACCGAAGGAGGGAGGAACAUUUCAAUGGGAAAAAGUUGGGUCGGUUGAAACCGAGAGAGACGAUUCUAAAGUUGGAGAGAGCAGCGCUGCGGAAAAAGAGGAAGUUAAGGAAGUUGCGAAGAAUUCAGCCGAUAAAUACUCACAGCUUCCUCAAACUCCGCCGAAAAAUGGCAGAUGAUACUUCGUUGUUUAUGUUUCUGCUUGUGGACGACGCGGAUAUCAAACGGGAUUGUACGGAGCCUGUGCUUUGUUAACAGGAAGCAACUUUGUCAGAGUUGGUACAACGUGACCUUGUGAGUCCAAGGAUUGAUUCGACCGGAAAUAAGCGGAAAAACACAACCAAUUUUUGUCUUUUCCUCAAAGAAUAACGCUGCAGAGUACUUGUGAGUGUCUAUCAGGUGUCUCCGAUGAAUUUUAUUUUAUUUUUAGCGUAAUUUUCUUCUUCCUGCGUUUUGAAUUGCAGAAAGAGUUACCGAUCGCUCGCCAUUCGAGGUCUUGAGUAAAACAAUCACUAAUGUCAUUAACACGUUUCACUUUCCCUCUUAAGCUUUAAACUCUUAAGCAGGUGCGGUCGAGGAGAGUUGGAUUUGCAUAUCGUUCAGAGACAUAGAAGCAGGUAGUCAUUUGAUGGCUUAAAUAAUCCAAUGAAUUCGGAUAAAAAGAGAUAAGUCGUACAUCUUUACGCGUAUAUUGUUGUAAUUUUAAUCUACGAGGGCUCAGUUUUGUAUUUAAUUAAUUUAUAUGAGUUAAAUAUUUGAACGUAAAACUGAAUCAUAGCUGAUCAAGCGAGCGCCUCCGAAAGAGGUAAGCGUCUUUGUUCAUCUUUCACUGCAUAACGUUUCAUUUUCUUUUCCUUUUAUGGCUUGAUGUUCGAUUUUCGUGAUUGUUUAUCAGAAAUGUUACCAGCGGAAAUGCCUGUAAAAAUGUUUUGAAACAUAAUUUAUUCGUAAACCCCUAAACGGAAUUUUACCGCCCCAAAAAUACUUGUUCAACUGUACUAUGCAAUUGGUUCGUAAAUGAACUUUAGAUGUAGAUAUUAGGCAAUUGCUUAGUGAAUGUUAUAUAAUUAACCAUUUCGAUUUUCCUCUUGACUGGUCGGAAUAUUGUCACGCUUCAUCACUGUCACGCUCUCCCGCGGGCACGCUUCCGAUCAUGAGUUUUUUCUAAACAAGGUGACUCAGUACAAUAGAUUUUCGAAAACCUUCAGACUUCUUCAAUAUUUCUUCAUUUUUUUCCUAAUUUUUAAGAACAGUAGGCUAGCAUAUCAAAAUAAAAGAAUCGUUUUCCUUUUAGUUUUGAAUAAAACUUUGAAUGUGGACGAAACUGAUUUUUCCAUUUAGAAAAUUUCAUUCCUUCUCUGUUUUACUUAACUUAGUAACUGCGGUAGAAAGUAACCAAACAGCGAAGCUUUGAUAAUUUUCAAAGUAAUAUUUUUUCGUGGUGUGUAAAAGAUUUGUUCAAUAUUAGUCAUUUUCAGCUGGCAUACCAAACUUCAUACUUGCGAAAGUCUCUGUCGUUCGCGUGGCACUGUUUCCGGUUCGCUUUGACGCUUUCAGAGAGGUAAAAAUUCUCGCGCCUCGGAAAUUUCUUUGCGAGUAACUUGCGUUGCGUUCAGAGCCAGCCUAAACAUUAGUUUGAUAGCAUUAAAAUGAAAUUUUCGGUGUAAUCUUCUGGAUAGAUCUAGCAAUUGCUGUGUCUUUGGAAACCGUCAGUCCAACAAAAUACUUUUACGUUGAAGUGUUUGUUUUUGAUAAACAACUUACAUUUCGCCACUGUCCAGUGACGUUGUUUUCCUUUUGAUAUCAAUCAUUUUUAGAACAAUUGAUAAGAGAAUACAGACACUUACUGCUAUUUGUCAUUUUGUACAAGUUGUUCAAGGGUUUUGAGCUUCAAAUUAUGUCUCAUAACUACCAAUUUUUAUCAUUUUAAGACAAAAUUCUGAACUUAGCGCAUGACUAGUUAGACAAUCUAGUUCUCUGUGGUUGCGUUACGCAAUCGAUAACUUUAAAUACGGUGUAAAGGCAAUCAAAUAAUAUUGACUCCACAAAUUGUGUGAAUUGAUGUCGUUCACACCCAAUUUCUGCCUGACAAAAACCCGUGCUAGCUUGCAUCAUGUCAAAUCGUGUCAACCGUCCACUUUUCAUCGAGUAUUUUUCUCAGCAACAUCUUCUGAAAUCUCACGGAAUUGCUUAUGCAAACAGAUGCUCAAUCUUAACCAAUUUUCGGAAUUACAAAUCAAUAAUAAAGACAAAGAUUUUUUAACUCGCGCUACUUCGAAUUAGACCAGAUGUGUUGCUUGAAAGCAGAUAUCAUAUUGCAAACGACGCUUUAUUUUCCAUUGGCGCCCAUCUUAAACGGACGAGCUUUUAUUGUCUUCAAACAGCAAUCUCACUAGUAAUUACCCUAAAGUGUUACCAUUCUCUUCAACCCCAUCAAAAACAUCCGUGUUUUUCGAUUAUAGCUUCGAAAAGUCAAUUUCCUAGUUGCUUUUUUGACGGCGUCAACUGUAAACAAAACCUUAGAACAAAGACUGCUUUGUACAGAAGCUGUCAUAUCUGUCACUUUAAAUAGAUAGAACUGUGACGUUACAAGUUUUAAUUGGCUGGGAGUAAAUCUCGGGCUAAUCUGUUCGCGUGGCCUCUUACGGCGUGGCGGGAUUCUAGUAAAGGGACGCUUACAAAUUUUAUAUUUUUUCGUCCCUGCAAUUAAUAUAAACAGUCUGUGCUACAGAAUUAUUUAAUACUUCGUGUUUGUGGAAUUUGGAAAAAUCCAGCAUUCUUGAUUUGGUUGUAAUCGCAAUAGAAAUUGUACCUCUGGUGGAAAAGUAUUGAUGCUCGAGGGAAGAUAGAAAAUACUACCGUUGAGCAAGAUUUUGACAGAGCGACGCCAUCGCUACGCAACAUCUACUACGCUUAUUUUCUCGUUUGGAUUGCAAGUUAAGGAAGUUUGGUGAAUGGAAUCACAUCUUACGAAGGUUUAUCUACCUGUCAAGUCGAGCAAAGCGUAGAAUUACUGUUUGUGCUCAAAGAGAAUUGCUACAAGCCAACUUGUAUUGCACCCGAUUUUGGAAUACUAAUCCUCUACUAUGACUAGCGUCAGUCGUGACGCGGGUAGAGGACGCGUCAAAGACGUCAAGAGAAACCUCUUUGGAACAGUUGAUCAUAAGCAAAUUCGAGACGAUUUAGCCAGAGAGUUAAAGUACAUGUCAGAAGAAAAGAAAUGCCAGUGGAAUUUUGAUUUUGAGAAUUGUCAACCGCUUUCAGGUAGAUUCAAGUGGCAGCGAGUUGGAAAGAGACUACAAACCCGUAAAUCGCCAACCGAAGGGAUUUCUACGUGUGACACGGAAUCUUCCGAAAAUUUCUGUCGCCAAAACAUUGUCGAUCCUACCCACUCUGCCGCAAGGUAUAAUCUAAGAACUAGAGGCAGAGAAGGGGAAAGCAUUCCAAGGAGUGGUUUCGUACCGAUCGACCCUUCGCGGAAACGUUUACGAGAGUUUGGCGAUGCGCCGGCUGGAAAUAGAAACAAAAAAGUCGCAGGUAAUUGCGUGAAACAGAGAAAUUCUAGAGAAAGAAGAGCCAAAACUUCGGUAAUAAAGCGACCUUACGAGGCCAAGAGAGCUCGACGUUGAUAGAACCGUAAUAAAAUGUUUGUCUGAAAUUUUGCAACCGUAAAGUUGGGUCGCAAGUUAUCUGCGUCGAGAUUAAAAAUCUUCUCUCGUGGGUUAUUGCAUACGAUGUAAAUUUACAUCCAGCAAACCGAAUUCCGUGAGAUUAUUAUCCUUCAGACAAAUCAAUGUUUGAGUUUGUACAAAGAAAAAUUCCCGCUUUUUAUAGUGAGAGAGUAACGUGUAACGGCAAGACGUACUGUAUAUUCUACAGAAAAUCAAGUUUUAUUUUCUCUUUUAAUGCUCUCGUGCACAGCUUCUUUCGCGGAGCGGAUGUCAUCGAUUCAGUUUAGUUUUGGCCAAAAUAUUUUGUUAGCGUCGCUUUCCAUGGUUGAAAGAGCACAAAGUACAAGACGACGCGGAUCCACCACUGGAAAAUCAAAUAAUCGAUUAAAAAGCUUACUCUGUAAAUAACAGAACUGAAAUCAGAGUUUACUUAAGAUUAUAACAGUAAACUUUAAUCAAUGUACCUUUUUGAUAGUCUAGCUUUUAAGUUGUAAAAGAAAAGCCGAUAUUUUUGUUGUCAUGCGAGUGAUCUGCUGAUCUAGGGCCACUUUCGCGGCAAAAUUUCAGAGAUAUGACAGAUGUUGUAAGGUAUUGUUGUGAAAAAAAGAAAAGAUUUCAGCAGCAUGUUAUUAGCAGCAAUUUAAAAGUAUGGUCGAUUCGAUUUCUAAAGAAAAUGUUACAGAUGUUGUGCCCACCUCUUUUUUUUCAACAGGCUAUUAAUUGAUUUAACGUCUGUGUCUAGUCAUCGAUCGAUUCUUCUUUGUAACGAUCGGGUACGUUUGACAAUUAAUUGACAGCCAUAGUAACAGGAUUACAAUCUGUUAUCGAACCAGCAAUCAAACCUCUCUGGGAAAUGGAAAAAUCCGUUUAAUUAUAAACAACAGUGAUAAUUGACCGUCAAAAGCUAAGGUAAAGUGAUGAAUUAUAACGAUUUUGUGUUUUGAUGAUACUGUGCAUUUUGACACAAUAUCCAAUAGAUUAUUAGAUAUAAAUAUUUAUAACUAGAUAGUUGAAUAGCUGAAGUAAAUCUCAAAAUAUCAUUGAAA